AUGCAAUCUGCAAUCUCUCUCUCGCUCUCUUCUCCUUCGACGAUCACCAGAUCCGACUGCACUGUCGCCGCCAAUGUGUAUUUGUGUACGCCGAGAUCUCUCCGAUUUUGCGGUCUAAGAAGAGAAGUGUUUGAAUCCAAGUCGUUCAAUUCGUUGUCGGUUUCGACUCGAUUAGUGCCGCGUUCUAGAGAUUCGAGUUUUAACAAGGUUUGUGCUGCGUUGCAAAGCAAUGGAACGCCGUCCAAGGGGGGAUUUGAUUAUGAUCUCGUGAUUAUUGGAGCUGGUGUUGGUGGACAUGGUGCUGCUCUUCAUGCUGUUGAGAAGGGUUUGAAAACUGCAAUCAUUGAAGGAGAUGUCGUCGGAGGAACUUGUGUAAAUAGGGGCUGCGUGCCUUCAAAAGCACUUCUGGCUGUGAGUGGCCGCAUGCGUGAGCUUCAAAAUGAACACCAUAUGAAGUCCUUUGGGCUACAGGUUGCAGCUGCUGGAUACGACAGACAGGGAGUUGCAGAUCAUGCAAACAAUUUGGCCUCAAAAAUACGAAGUAAUUUGACAAAUUCAAUGAAGGCUCUUGGUGUUGAUAUAUUGACAGGCACUGGUACAAUUUUGGGUCCACAAAAGUUGAAGUUCGGAAAAGGAGGGUCUGGGGACACUAUCAUAACAGCAAAAGACAUAAUAAUUGCUACCGGUUCUGUUCCCCUUGUGCCCAAGGGAAUUGAAGUUGAUGGUAAGUCUGUAAUAACCAGUGAUCAUGCUCUUAAACUGGAAUUUGUUCCGGAGUGGAUAGCCAUUGUAGGAAGUGGUUACAUUGGGCUCGAAUUCAGUGAUGUCUAUACAGCACUUGGAAGUGAGGUUACGUUUAUUGAAGCUUUAGAUCAACUCAUGCCUGGUUUUGAUCCUGAAAUUGGAAAACUAGCUCAACGAGUUCUUAUCAAUCCUCGGAAGAUUGACUAUCAUACUGGUGUAUUUGCUAGCAAGAUCACUCCAGCAAAGGAUGGAAAACCAGUAAUAGUAGAACUGAUCGAUGCAAAGACAAAAGAACCAAAGGGUACCGUGGAGGUAGAUGCAGCUCUUAUUGCAACUGGAAGGGCUCCAUUCACUCAAGGACUUGGGCUGGAAAAUAUUAACGUACAAACACAACGUGGAUUUGUCCCUGUUGACGAGCGCAUGAGAGUAAUUGAUGCAAAUGGAAAGUUGGCUCCUCACUUGUAUUGCAUUGGCGAUGCUAAUGGGAAAAUGAUGCUUGCUCAUGCAGCAAGUGCACAGGGAAUCUCUGUCGUUGAGCAAGUUUCUGGGAAGGACCAUGUGCUGAACCAUUUAAGCAUCCCGGCAGCAUGCUUUACCCAUCCUGAAAUCAGUAUGGUUGGAUUAACAGAGCCUCAAGCAAGAGAAAAAGCUGAGAAGGAGGGAUUUGAAAUGAGUAUUACAAAAACAAGUUUCAAAGCUAACACAAAAGCCCUUGCAGAAAAUGAAGGAGAAGGACUUGCCAAGUUGAUUUACAGACCUGACACUGGAGAGAUCCUUGGGGUUCACAUUUUUGGGAUGCAUGCUGCAGACCUCAUACAUGAAGCAUCAAAUGCCAUCGCCAUGGGAACGCGUAUACAGGACUUAAAAUUUGCUGUUCAUGCGCAUCCAACACUGUCUGAAGUUCUAGACGAGCUCUUCAAAUCAGCAAAGGUUAAAGUCAACAGUUCUAGUCCAAUCGCUCAACCAGUUGCGGUGUAG